AUGUACAAUAUGUUCUCAAUGUCAUUGAAAGUAAAAUGGCCGGCAUUAUCAGUUAAAAAUAUUCACCGCCUUCUGAAACCAACACUGCCAACGGAUGAUUAUAAUGAGGACAGACUAACGUGUCAAUAUUGUAAAAGGUCAUUUCAAAAAAUUCCCGCAAAAAUAGUUCACGAAAAAACUUGUUUCUCAAAUCCGGCGGUUGUCAGGGAGAAAUUGCCUUUAUUUUGUAAUGAUUGCGGAUUUGCAUGUAGUAAUAAAUACAGUUUGACCUAUCACAAGGCACAUGACUGUGGUGUUGUGCACAGAUGCGAAAAAUGUAAUAACACCUUUUUAACACUUCAAUCAUUGAAGCGACAUUAUGACGAAUAUUUACCGCAAUCUUUACUGAUUAAAAAAAUUGAGACUCUUCGACAACCAACAUUACUGCAAGAAGAGAGAAGUGUUUGUCAAUAUUGUAAUAGAAAUUUCAGUAGGAAAAAUGCGAAAUCAUUUCAUGAAAAUAAAUGUUUCAUGAAUCCAUCAAUUCUCGCCAAGGAAAAACGAAUAUAUAAUUGUGAAAACUGUGGUUACAGUUCUAAUCUGAGGCAACAAUUUAAAAGACACAAAUCUUCCGAUUGUGGCGUUGAACACAAAUGCAAACGAUGUAAUCGUAUUUAUUCCACUUUGGCGAAUUUGUUGCGACAUUUUCGUAAAAGUGAAUAUGAAUCAUUUAAUGUACAAGAAAUGCCAUUUUUGUCGAUAAUCAAUUGUCGAAGUCUAAGAUCACCAUCGCAAGAUUUCAAUCAAGACACAUCAUUGGUUUGUCACUAUUGUGGAAGAGCAAAUUUCGGAGCGGUUAUUGGGAAAAAGCUUCACGAAAAAAAUUGCUCUCUCAAUCCACUAAAUCACGAGGAAAAGAAACAAUUAAUGUUUAAAUGUGGGAAUUGUGCUUUUGGUUGUAAUCGAAAAUCAUAUUUAAAUUACCACAAGACACACGACUGUGGAAAGGAGCAUAUUUGUCACAAGUGUAAUAGACAUUUUGGAUCAUUAAAUGAUGACUCGUUCAAAAUAAAAUUGCCAAUUUUAAUGGUUCGCAAACGUGAAAGUCUACUUCUGCAAGCGCAAGAUAUUAAAAUGUGUCUCCACUGUGGUAGACAGAAUUUCGGAACAAUUGUUGGUAAAAAGAAUCACGAAUUAAAAUGUUCUUAUAAUCCAAAGAAUUUAAGAGCACAGAAACAAUUUAAUUGCAGCGAAUGCAGCUAUGGUUGCAAUGAUAAAUUUCAAUUGAAAUAUCAUAUGAAAAAUGAGUGUGGAAAAAGUCAAAUGUGCAAUACUUGUAAUAGAAAUUAUGGUACAAGAGGAAGUUUACGGCGACAUAUUCGCAAUGGUUAUAAUUUAUUCAAGAUAAAAUUGCCAGUUUUAUCAGUUAUCGGUUACCAAAGUCUAGCACCAACAUCAUUGCUAUUACCAUCAUCAUCAUCAUCAUCAUCACAAGAAAUCAUCGAAGGCACAACAUUGGUAUGUCAACAUUGUGGCCGAGCAAACUUCGGGGCAAUUGUUGGAAAGAAGCUCCAUGAAAAUAAUUGUUCUUUAAAUCCAAAAAAUUCAACAGAUAAGAAGAAACAAACGCCGUUUAAUUGCAGUGAUUGCAGUUAUGGUUGUAAUCGAAAAUCGGAUUUAAAAUAUCACAAGAUUCAUGAUUGCGGCAAAACGCAUAAAUGUCACAAGUGUCAAAAAAAUUAUGGAUCACGAAGCGGUUUGUGGCGACACAUUAGAAAUGGUUAUUGUAGAUUUUAUGCUCUGGUUUCCACACUCUGUAUCGCUCGGACCUUUGAUACCGAGCGAUACAGAGUGUGGAAACCAGAGCAUAAAACUAUGAAUUUUGAAGUUCAGCCAAUCAACAUUCAGAAUUCCCCUAGCCCAACCAACCACGUUUCGUACUUUCAGAGCGCUCAGAGUGUCAACGUCGAAAACACCCAUUGUGUUCUUCGAUACUGCAUGAUCGACGUCUGCUUGUCCCUCCCUGUCCCCCUCGAAAAAAAUCCCAAAAAUAUCGAGGAGUUAACAUUGCCAAACUAUAUUAAAGAGGAGAGCUUCUUCUGUCAAUAUUGUCAAAUGGGUUUUGGAGGAGUGAAAGGAAGAAAAUAUCACGAAUUCAAAUGUGCUCUUAAUCCAACAAUUAGAAAUGGAAAGAAAAGAUGUUAUCCAACGUUUACUUGCAACGAAUGUGGCUUUAAUUGUAGAAAUAAAAGCACUUUAACUAGACAUCAAACCUACGAUUGCGGAGUGACGCAUUUCUGUAAAAAGUGUGACAAAAUCUAUUCAUCACUGACAGCUUUAGUAAAUCAUAAUCGAAAAAUACAUAAUAUUCAUAUUGUUUGUCAUUAUCUACAAUACGGAGAAUCAUUUGAACAUGAAGAUCCAUAUAGAUGCAGAUAUUGUCACAAGAUUUUUGGUCAAAUAUCAUCGAAAAAUCGUCAUCAAAAUAAUACGUGUCACUUGCAUCCAAUGAAUUUCAAUAAAAAAUCAGAUAAGCUAUACACAUGUUCUGCAUGCGGUUCUAAUUUUAAUUUUAAAAAUAAUUAUCAUCGACACAUUAGAGUUGAUUGUGGAAAGAUUCACACUUGUAAAAAUUGUCAUAAAAUUUACAACGCCUACUCGGCUCUUCUUAAACAUUAUCGAGUAUCAGGAAGCGGAAUCAAUUUUCAAGAUCAGGAAAUAUCGAUUCUAAACCCCGAUAACACAGCCGACUUUUCGCAAUUAGGCGAUGAAGAAGCAGGAACUGGAGAAGAAUUUAAAUGUCGAUAUUGUUCGAAAAUAUUUUCCCGCAGACGUGCGAGAAAUCGUCAUGAAGUUCAUACAUGUUUUUUGAAUCCCGUAAAGAGUAAAAGCGCAUUUCCCAAAUUGUAUUCAUGUGAAAAGUGUUUUUCCAGUUAUGCCCAUAAGGGCACACUUUUAGAUCAUUUGAAAAACGAUUGCGGAAAAUGUCAUCAAUGUAAACGUUGCUUCCGCAUUUAUUCACAACUGAAUGGCUUGAAACGUCACUGGCGAACCGGAACUGGGACGAAUUUUCAAGAACAUAAAACAUUGAACACAGAAAAUGAACCGGAUUUUUCACAAUCAGGUGAAGAAGAAAAAUCCUCGGGAGAAGAAUUUAAAUGUCGAUAUUGUGGUAAAAUUUUCUCGCAAAGCGGAGGGAAGAAACGUCAUGAAAUUCAUUCGUGUUUCUUGAAUCCUACAAGAAAUAAGAGCAAAUUUUCUAAAUUAUAUUCGUGUCAAACUUGCUUCUCCACUUACACCCAUAAGCAUAAUCUUGUCGAUCAUUUGAGAAAUGACUGCGGAAAAUGUCAUCAAUGUAAAUGUUGCCUCAAAAUUUACUCUCAACUGAGUGGUUUGAAACGCCACUGGCGAUUGGGAACUUGUCAAGGAACAAAUCCAUCAUAA